AUGCCCCUCCUUCCCCUCCGUCGUAUCCCCUCGCUUGUCAAGCCCGGGCAGUCUCUUUUCUCUCGGUUUUCUCACCGUCCAUUCCUCUCUCGUCGCUCCUUUUACGGAUACAUCAGUGACACCAAAAUGGCGCCGCAGCUGGAACCUUUUUUCAAGCAGGUCGACGAUUCCUCGGAGUCCUUCAUCGAUCGUCUCCGAAAGGCGGUUGCGAUCCCGUCGGUCUCGGCGCAAGAUGAGAACCGUAAAGACGUGUUCCGCAUGGCCCAGUUCCUUGCUUCCGAGCUCGAGGCCCUGGGAGCCGAGGUGCACCAGAGGCCUUUGGGCAAGCAGCCCGGCAAAGAGCACCUCGACCUGCCCCCCGUCGUAAUUGCGCGCUACGGCAACGACCCCAACAAGCGCACCAUCUUGGUCUACGGACAUUACGAUGUGCAGCCGGCCCUGAAGGAGGAUGGCUGGGCUACGGAGCCCUUCGAACUGACUAUUGAUUCCAAGGACCGCAUGUAUGGACGUGGAUCUACUGAUGACAAGGGUCCAGUUCUCGGCUGGCUCAAUGUUAUUGAAGCUCACAAGAAGGCGGGCGUUGAGUUCCCGGUCAACCUGCUUUGCUGCUUCGAGGGAAUGGAAGAAUAUGGCUCAGAGGGCUUAGAUGAUUUUAUCCAGGCUGAGAGCAAGAAGUUCUUCAAGGAUGCCGACGCCGUCUGCAUUUCCGAUAACUAUUGGCUCGGUACUGAGAAGCCCUGCUUGACAUACGGCUUGCGCGGUUGCAACUACUACUCGAUCAGUGUCUCGGGCCCUGCUCAGGAUCUUCACAGCGGUGUUUUCGGUGGCUCCGCUCACGAGCCCAUGACUGAUCUUGUGAACGUUCUGUCGAAGCUGGUUGAUCCUCAGGGUAACAUCCUCAUCCCGGGUAUCAUGGAUCUUGUCGAGCCCGUCACGGAAGAGGAGAAGUCCUUGUACGGAAACAUCAGUUAUACUAUGGACAACCUCCACGAGUCCCUGGGCGCUGAGACCGGCAUUCACCCGUCCAAGGAAAGAACUCUCAUGGCCCGUUGGAGAUUCCCCUCUUUGUCAAUCCACGGUAUUGAGGGUGCCUACUCUGCGCCGGGAGCCAAGACAGUCAUUCCGGCCAAGGUCAUUGGCAAAUUUUCCAUCCGAACUGUUCCCAACAUGGAGAGCCCCGAUGUCAAUAAGCUAGUUUUUGACUACAUCAAGGCCGAGUUCGCCAAGCUCAACAGCAAGAACACACUCGAUGUGUGGCUGCAGCAUGAUGGCAAGUGGUGGGUCGCGAGUCCCAAGCACUGGAACUUCAGUGCUGCCAGCAAGGCCGUGCAGCAAGUCUUCGGUGUUGAGCCCGAUAUGACCCGCGAAGGAGGAAGUAUUCCCGUGACUUUGACAUUCGAGCAAGCCACUGGAAAGAACGUUCUCCUUCUUCCCAUGGGAAGCUCCACUGAUGCUGCCCACUCGGUCAACGAGAAACUGGACCGUAGGAAUUACAUUGAGGGAACAAAGCUCCUUGGAGCUUAUCUGCACUAUGUGGCCGAAGAGCCCACAGCCUAA